UUGCGACAGUGUCGUAAAAGGCCGACGGCAGGGUGACAAUUUGACCAGUUGUCCUCUAAACCGGUUUGCACGAAUCUCUCUCAAACCAUAAAUCAGGUUUCAUUUAGGCAAUCGACCAACUUAAUCAUGGCAGGAGUAAUUGCACGAAAAGCCAUCGACCAUGUGAGAAGCAAGGAUUUCAGAGAUUACUUGAUGAGCACCCAUUUCUGGGGUCCAAUUGCAAACUGGGGUCUUCCAAUUGCGGCCAUCUCUGAUAUGAAGAAGAGCCCAGAGAUUAUAAGUGGCAGAAUGACCUUUGCGUUGACCUGCUACUCGCUGCUCUUCAUGCGAUUCGCCUAUAAGGUGCAGCCUCGCAAUUGGUUGCUUUUUGCUUGCCAUUUGACCAAUGAAUCGGCUCAGCUCAUUCAGGGUGGUCGACUCAUCAAAUAUAACAUGGAGAAGAAGAGGGCGUCUUAAUGGCAGCAUGAAGCCUUCACGUCAGCUUCCUGCCUGGAGAGCGAGUUUCAGUGGAGGGGGCCUGCUGAUUAAGGAUCUACCUUGACCACCACAGUACAAAACGUAGAGCCCCUGAGAGUAUUCUUUGCUGCUAGCACCGAACCCUAAUGGUUCAUUUUCAGCAUUUAGUUGUAGUUUGGAUCGUAGGAUGUACUUCACAGGGAUAUUAACGCAGACGGUUCUCAGAGUUAUCAACUGUAUGUAGUUUAUUUUUACAACUUAAGCCACGCAUCAUCGUAAUUGGGGAGAAUGUAAAUCAUCACAAAUGUAGCCUAUACUUUGUUAGCUAUGUAAAAAUGUUACAAUGUUCGCUCUUAAACCAUCUUCAAACAAAUAGUGGUUGAUGAUUUAAAUUAAAUUUUAAUCUUUUAAUUUAUGUAAUGAAAGUUCCAGAAUUAAUAUUUUAUCAUGAAACCUAAUGAAGGAUAUGAAUUAAAAACAAGACGCAUAUUAAUUUUACCCUCUAAGGUGCACUUUGUAUGAUGUACUACAUUGUACGGUCUGCUACAAUUAAAUUCAGAUUUUCUUCUGAGACUACUGAUUAUUAUAUGACCAAAUUGUGUUUUGAAACUCGACUGGAGAAGUGUUGACUUUGUAUGCUUUUUGGUGAAUUAUUCUACAAGGGUAAUAAAUUACUCAGAUUAUUCCACUGUCAAAUGUGUAUGUAUAUGGUCUCUGUGUACCUAAAUACACUGGUACUUAUAUCAAUGGUAAUUUGCAUUUGUUAAAUCAAAAUACUGCCCUGAAGUAUGUUGAACUUUCAGUAUGUUGAAAGUGGUGAAAUGUUUGCCUUCACUCCGCUUAAAGAGUAGAGAGCAUUAUUCGUAUUUGCUUUGGUAGACGGUAAAACCUCUGUGUCAUGACCUAAUCAGGGUUGAGGCAGAGAGGGACAAAACAAGGCCUGCAGUUUCCCUGACCUUGUCUUGAGCUAUUCUCAUUUACUAGCAAUGACUAAACAGAAUGACCUUGAUCCAAGUUUUGCAGGCACUCAAAACAUGCAUGUGAUGUUAGUGCAAAGCCUCUUAAAUAAACCUCCGGCCAGGAAACAGGUUAAUAAUAGGUUAAUAAAUGGUUGCUUGUGUAGACACAACAUGCCAUUUUCCUCAAUGAAUAGGACAUCCUAUUUAAUCCUGCUUAUGUUGACCCUGCAGGGAAAAUAUUGAAUUAGAAAAGUUGGUCUAAAGGAGAAUACACAUCUGAAAGCAAUACAGAAGGGACAGAACAUUAUAUCCCAUUAUAUUUUAGACACACAGUAUUGUGUUAUACUGUAAGAAGGAGGCUUCCUGUGUAUUUGAAACCAGAUGCCAAAUCUUGCCACAUAUUCCCUCCCUUUGAUUUUAGGAUUAUUCAAAUCAUUUUAGUGCAUGCAGGUUCAAUAUUGCUGCAAUUAAGCCAAGUUCAUAAACCAUAACGUUAUAUUUUCUUAGUUAACUAAAGCAAGCUUUCUCACCUUUUUUAGAAUUACAAGAGGGCAAAUUCUGUCGUUAAUUUAGGCAGUCAAAUAAAAGUGUUUGUGUCAGUCGAAUUAGAAUGAAAAAACACACAAACAUUAGCUAUG